AAAGAAGUUUUGGUAUGACAGCCCGACCCUGGGAUCUAAAAUGAUGUAUAAACCAACCAAGUUGGCUUCUGUAAUGAAAGAUGACCAGACAAAAAAUAGGAAAGAAGAUAACAUACGCUGCAGAGUCUUGAAUAGUCUUAUUCAUAAAGCUGUGACAGAGAUGAUGACUACCUGUGAAGUUAAUCAAGAACUUUAUGAUCUCAAGCUGGAAAUCUGCAAGGUGUCCCUGGCAUCAAACUUUUCAGCAUGUCGUGUGUACUGGAAUCCUGCUGCUACUGUGGAGAAAGAAAGUUAUGUUGAAAGUGUAUUGCAGAAGAGUGCUCCACGUAUACGGUAUCUUUUGAUGAGUCAGCAGAUUCUAGGAAAUGUACCCCCGAUAGUAUUUGUAAAAGACAAAGAAGCUGCAGCUGUAAAAGAGAUUGAGGAAUUACUGUCAAUUGCUGAUUUUGGACCUCCAGAAGAAGUCGAAACAUCUCAAAAUGAUUCUGGUAAACUGUUCUCUUCAGCAACGCAAUCUUCAGAUUCACCCAUGCGGUCUAAUCUUUUUGGUAUUGAUCAUGAACUGCUGAAUAAGCAGAUAAUGGACUACAAAAGACUGAAAGUGUCAAGAGUUACAGAAAGCAUUGCCUGGACAGAAAAGCAGGAGCAGCAGCUUUCUAAGAUUCAAACGAAAAUGAAAAAGAAAAAAGCAAAGAAUCCUCCUGAUGAUGACAUUACACCACAGAAAUACUUACUGGACAGAUAUGAAGCUCAUUACUGGGAUGAUAAUGCUGAAUCAGUCUUGGACUAUGAGCUGGAGGAUGAGUUACAGGAAGAGGUAGACGAAUUGGAGGCGGAUGAUGGCAAAACUCUAAGUCAGCCUACUGAUAAACUGAACUGA